AUGUCCGAAACUGCAUGGGGGCCCCACCAAGGGGCCCCCCAAGAACCCAUUUCAGGGGGCCCCCAGGGGGCCCCCAACACUGGGGCCCCAACAGGGGCCCCAGCCAAAUCCCCAGGAAACCCCCAAGGGGAGGCCCUUGGGGGCCCCCAGGGGGGCCCCCAGGGGGGCCCCCAGGGGGCCCCCGAGGGGGCCCCCCUGGGGGGCCCCCUAGGGGGCCCCCAGGAUGACCCUCGAGAAGACUCCGAGGGGGGCCCCCAGGAAGACCCUCAGGGGGCCCCCCAGGAAGACCCACAGGGGGCCCCCCAGGAAGACCCUCAGGGGGCCCCCCAAGGGGCCCCCGAGGGGGCCCCCCUAGAAGACCCUCAGGGGGCCCCCCAGGGGGGCCCCAAGGGGGCCCCUCAGGAAGAACCCCAAGGGGACCCUAAGGAAGAACCCGAAGAAGCCCAGCUGGGGGCCCCCAGGGGGGCCCCCCUGGGGGCCCCCCCGGGGGCCCCCCUGGGGGGCCCCCAAGGAGCACCUGAGGGGCCCCCAGCAGCAGCAAAUUUGGAUUCUGCUGCUGAAGGUGUUUCUUUUGGGUCUUUUUUGUCUGCUAAUGAGUCUGAAAAGAGGGUAUUAAAGGAAGUAAAAGAAGAAGAAAGAAUAAAAGAAAAAGAAAUAAAAGAAAACAAAAAGAUUAAAAAAGAAAACUUAAAAAAGACCCAAAGUCCAAUUUGCAUGCAAAGAUCCUCCACAGCCCCCAUCAAGUCCCAUUUCUUAUCUCACGGGGGCCCCCUCAGCAGCAUCUUAUCAGAAAGGGGCCCCCUGGGGGCCCCCCAGCAGAGCUUCUUAGGGGGCCCCCCGCUGGGGGGCCCCCUGGGGGCCCCCCUGGGGGCCCCCCUGGGGGGCCUCCUGGGGGCCCCCUUGGGGGUUCGUUUGCCGUCAGCGCAGCAGUUUCUUGAAAGGGACUUCUUUAGGGGCCCCUCUGUACCCUUUUGUGGGGCCCCUGCGGGAGGGGGGCCCCCCGAGUCCCCUUUGGGGGCCCCCCCGGACUCUCCUUUGGGGGGCCCCCUGGACUCCCCCCUGGGGGGCCCCCUGGGGCCCCCCUUGGGGGCCCCCCCCCCCUCGCCUGCGCAGGAAAAAAGACAGAGACUUUUCGUGGCUUCCAUGGUUGCUGCUGUUUCUUCUUUUGUUUUAAAUGAACAGGGCGUGGAGGCUUUGCUGCAGCAGCUGCAGCAGCAGCAGCAGCAGCUGCAGCAGCAGCAGCAGCAGCACCGCGCCGCCUGCAGCAAACUGCAGCAGGAACUCGCAGCAGCAAAAACGGAAAGGGACCUUUUGCUGCAGCAGCUGGGCUCCCUCCGCAGCUGUCUAGACACCGCAGAGCAGCAGCUGCAAAGUGCCAAAAGAGAAGCAGCAGCAGGCAGCAGCAGCCAAACCCUAAACCACCGAACUGGGCCUGAUCUGGAGAGGGAGCAGCAGCAGCAGCAGCAGCAGCAGCAGCUGCAGCAGCUGCAGGCAGAAAGAGACAAUUUAAUUUGUCGCCUUUACCAUCAGCAGCAAGUUAAUGAAGAGCUGCAGCAGGAGAUUAAGAGACUAAGGGACACCUGCGACACCCAGCACGUGCACCAGCUGCAGCAGCAGCAGCAGCAGCUGGAAGCAGCAGCAGCAGAGCGGCAGCAGCUGCAGUCGCAGCUAAUUCAAUACAAAAUUAAAUAUGCCCAAACAGCCUAUGAGGAGCUGGGGGCCCGCCAGGGGGCCCUCCAGCGGGGCCUCAGCACUGCUGCUGCGGGGGCCCCUCCCGAGCAGCAGCAGCAGCAGCAGCAGCAGCAGCAGCAGCAGCAGCAGCAGAGUGGGGCCCCCCCGCUCUCUCCUAGGGGCCACGCGGGCCGCUUUGGAGGCUUUUUAACUUUUAGGGGUUUAAUGCACAAGAGGGAACACUCAGGGGACCCCUUCAUGGCUGCAGCACUUGCGCAGCAGCAGCAGCAGCAGCGGCAGCAGCAGCAGCAGCAACAGCAGCAGCAGCAGCAGCAGCAGCAGCAGGACGGCAGCGCCUAUUACUCUCCCCGGGGACCCAUUCCUGUGCGUGCUUCCUCUUCUCCAUUUGUCCCCCCGCUGCAGCUGCAGCGCGUGCUACCGCAGCAGCAGCCGCAGUCCCCGCAGCAGCAGCAGCAGCAGCAGCCGCAGCAGCAGCAGCCGCAGCAGCAGCAGCCGCAGCAGCAGCAGCAGCAGCAUGCUGAAGAGAAGGGCUGGGGGGGGCCCCGCAAAUUGCUUUCUCGCUUUAUGGGGAGACCCCAAAAGGAGACUGCAGCAGAAAGAGACUCUGCUGAAAGCAAAGGUGCAGCAGCAGCAGCAGCAGCAGCAGCAGCAGCAGCAAACAGGGGGCCCCCUAGAGAGGCCCCCCACAGUGGUGGGCCCCAGGGGGGCCCCCAGCAAAGGGCCCCCCAUGGGGGCCCCCUUAGGGACAGAGAAGGGGACAACGCCAGAGCCAGUUUGCUGUGCAGCGCCAGCAGCAGCAGCAGCAGCAGCAGCAGGAACAGCAACGACUGCAGCAGCAGCAAUGACUGCAGCAGCAGAGGCAGCAGCAUAGUAGAGGGGCGUCGCCUGUCCUCGAGCGUAGUCGAAACAGCAGCAGCAGCAGCAGAAGCAGCAGCAGCAGCAGCAGCAGCAGCAGCAGCAACUGAGGUGCAGCAAGCGUCCCUAGAUGACGCAGUAGGGGCCCCCUUGGGGGGCCCCUCAGUACCCCUUGGGGGCCCCUCAGUACCCCCUGGGGGCCCCUUAGUACCCCCUGGGGGCCCCUCAGUACCCCCUGGGGGGCCCCCAAAAGACCCCCCGUUGCUGCAAAAUGAAAGUCUUGGGGGGCCCCCCCAUGCAUGGGGGGCCCCUGUUUUCUCUGGGGAGAAAGGGGGGCCCCCAAACAUGCAGCAGACCCUCGAGGGCUCAGGGGGGCCCCCGGGGGGCCCCCCCGGGGGGCCCCCCAGGGGGCCCCCAGAGGGGCCCCCCAGGGGGCCCCCCGAGGGGCCCCCCGAGGGGCCCCCAAGUAGGGGUACUAGCAAAGGGGACAGCAGCAAAGGGGACAGAAUAAUAUCUCACAACUUUAGGGGCCUUCAAAGGUCGUUAAGUAAUGCUAUGCAGCUGAUGCGGCGCAGCAGCAGCAGCAGCAGCAGCAGCAGCAGCAGCAGCAGCGGCAGCAACAGCAGCAAAGCCGCAGCAGCUGCCGGGAAGCAAACUGAGGGCAGGGGGCCCCCCAGCACUUCUACAGAAGAAGGGACUUUUUCUAAUGAAGCAACUUUGAGAGACCCAGUCUCCUGGCUUGAAGCCUAG